CAAUAGUUCCUUCUCUCAAUGGAUACCUUAGAUCAAAAUGAAGCUAAGUCAAAAAUAAAAUUUAAUUAAAAUUUUUAAUGGCUAGUUCGACACCUUAUAAAUAACCUGCCUCGAUAAGUCAAUAAAUUUUUCCUGCUUUUGCGGCUAUCACCCUGUAUAACAUCGAGCACCACGCAUCGACGGAGAAACAAGAUUUUAACGGAGUUGUAUAGUCGCUAGAAGAACGGUAUUCGGAUAAGAGUGAAAUUCGUGAUAUUUGGGUCAAAACGAGUUCUUCGUCUAAAUAAGCGCCGGUACUCAGCUGUUUAGUAAAAGAAACUCGUAUUUCGAUUUUUCUUAACGAGAAGGCAAACAAAGUUUUAUUUAUGUGAGUUUAUGGUGCUUAAUAACAUAGAGAAGAAAGCAAACAAUCACAAAUUACUUUCAGAAGUACUCGGAGUGAAAAUGUUGAUGACACUUAUAUUAGUCUUCGUCUUUGGUGGAAUCUAUGCGUACUUUAGUCGUUCGUACCGCUACUGGCAAAAACGGGGAGUCCCUCAGUUGGAACCGUGUUUUCCAUUCGGCGACAUGGGAACCGUGAUUUUCAGGAGGCAAAACAUGGGAGACAAAAUAAAAGAAAUCUACGAUAAUUGCAGAGCAAGAGGGCACGACUACGUCGGCCUGUACUUCUUCAGUCGGAAAGCGUUUCUACCUCUGGAUCCCGGGCUUAUUAAAAACAUUUUAAGCAAGGAUUUUCAACAUUUUUUCGACAGAGGAAUAUAUUAUGACGAAGAAAAUGACCCAUUGAGCGCUCAUUUGUUUUCAUUGGCUGGCCCCAAGUGGAAAACACUAAGGGCUAAGCUGACACCUGCGUAUUCGUCUGGAAAGCUGAAAUUUAUGUUUGGCACAAUUCUUAAAUGCGGCCUGGAAAUGAAAGACGUAUUGGAAGAAUUCGCCAACAGAGACGGAGAAAUUGAAAUAAAGGAAAUUUUGGCCCGUUACAGUACAGACGUCAUAGGAUGCUGCGCGUUCGGACUAGAAUGUAACUGCUUGCGCAGCAAGGACGCCGAGUUUAGAGCUAUGGGCAAAAGGGCAUUUACGCAGACCGUUGGAGAUCUUCUCAAAAUGAUAAUUAUCAGAAGCUUUCCGGCCUUGGCUAAGGUGCUCCAUAUCGGCGUGUUCUCUGCAACGGUGACGUCAUUCUUUCAGGGAGUCGUGCGAGAAACAAUAGAAUACCGCGAGAGGAACAACGUCAUAAGAAAAGAUUUUAUGCAAUUAUUGAUCCAAUUGAAAAACAACGGAAGAAUCGACGAUGACGGCCAACGAGAAAGCCAAGGCGUAAAUUCUGGAACGGAAAAUAAGCUGACUGUCGAUGAAGCUGCCGCACAGGCCUUUAUAUUCUUUCUGGCUGGUUUCGAAACAACUUCUACGACGACUAGUUUUGCGCUGUUCGAAAUGGCACGUGACGAUCGGAUACAGAAAAAGGCGCGCAAAGAGCUAUUCAGAGUGCUGAAGGAACACGAUCAGACGUUGGAUUAUGAGGCAGUCAGUGAACUCCGAUAUUUGGAUACCAUUUUGUAUGAAACGAUGAGGAAAUAUCCACCGGCUCCGGUCUUUUUGCGAAAGUGUACAGAGAGGUACCCGAUCCCAAAGUCCGAUGGCGCUUUCAUCGAAAAGGGCCAGUCGGUGCUCAUACCUUGCUACGGUCUACACAGGGACCCCGUUUAUUUUCCGGAUCCAGAGGUUUUCGACCCUGAUCGAUUUAGUGACGAGAACAAGUCCAAAAUUUAUGAUGGAACUUACAUUCCGUUCGGUGCUGGACCUCGAAACUGUAUAGGUAUGCGUUUUGCAAUGAUACAAGCCAAGAUCGCCCUAGCCCUGACUUUGAGACAUUUUGACUUUACGCUUAGCGAGCGGACAAAAUUACCGCUAAAAAUGGAGACGAAGGGCAUCAUUCUAGCACCGAUCGGUGGCCUUUGGCUGAACUUAUCACGUAGAUUCUAGUUUAGCACUAGUGUUGUCAAAUUGAAUCAAGCGCCUCAGAAGAAGAUAAUUUUGUAUUCAAAAUAAAGGAAAAAAUAUUAAAAAUGAAAUUUAUAAUAAGUAUUAAUAUAAUAAACUAUAUUUAAUUAAAAUUAGAAAGGCAAGACAAAUAUUCACCAAUGUGUGGCACGCAAACGCAUGCAGACACCUUUCAGCAGUAUUACCUCCCAUUCUGAUCUAAUCUUUAACCUUACUUAAACUUUCUAAAUCCACCACAGGCGUAAGUGUGGGAAUGUCCCUAUAAGAUGCGAUCUCAUGGAUGGUCUGUUCUCUGUAGCGAGGGGAGAAGAUUUUUGAAACGUCAUAGCUUGAGAAUGUAUGAACGUUCUUGAAAAUUGCGUUUAUCAGAAGUUGGUUUUUAAAGUUAUAUUUAAAAUUUUCCUAUAUUGUCCCUGGUGAGAUAUGGGGUUGCAAACCGCUAUUGCUGGAGUAAUUCUAAGUAUUUUUCAAAAAAAUAUUUUCUAUUAUACAGUCAGGAUCUGGAUACUUUCAUAGGAGCAAUCCUGCAACUUCUUCGAAGAAGUAGCUUUAUUUACAAAUGGGAUACUGUAUAUUAUAGAAUUUUCCUCUUCGCUAUACUGUUUUGAUUAUUUUUAAAAAUUUUCCUGUAACUCUCUUUAGCUUCGUAGUCUUCUAGACAUUUAUCAACUCUUCAUUAAGAUAAACAGUUUUCUAUCAAUCAAUGUUUCAACUGAGUUUGGUUUUUUAACGUCCAACUUGAUUUAAACGAAAUCUUGAUUAUUGAGAGUUUUUAAGAUAUUUUGAUGUAAUAAACAUUGGCUAUGCUAUAAACAAACAUAUUUUAGCGAAAUUUUAUACAAUCCUCCAAAAUUGCUCUAUUUUAACUACAAAGUCCAUUUCAAAUCCUCCCUUUAUUCACCAUGGAGUUCAAUAUUUGUUGAUUGGACCCCGUAUAAUACCGUGUUGUCUCGUU